AUGGCUGACACUGAAUUCGCUCAAGUCCAAGCAAUUUCACCAGAGGGAGUUCAUAGUCCUAGAAAUAUUAAGCCUCGCCGUCUCAACAAAUAUGCUCUCGCCUGUGCUCUUCUGGCCUCUACAAACUCCAUCUUAUUAGGCUAUGAUAUUGGUGUGAUGAGUGGUGCAGUGCUUUUUAUCAAAGAAAACCUAAAAAUCUCAUCUACCCAAGUGGAGAUAGUGGUUGGUGUCCUUAAUAUUUCUUCAUUAAUAGGCUCACUGGCCUCAGGCAAAACCUCAGAUUAUAUAGGCAGGCGUUAUACCAUAGUCCUAGCAGCCACAACAUUUCUAAUUGGUGCCCUUCUAAUGGGCCUUGCACAAUCCUUCUCGUUCCUCAUGGCCGGCCGCGUCAUUGCCGGCAUCGGUGUUGGAUAUUCCCUAAUGAUUGCUCCGGUCUACUCAGCUGAGAUCUCUCCAGCGAUGGUACGUGGCUUCCUCACCUCCCUCCCUGAGGUUUUCAUUGUUCUUGGCAUCCUCGUAGGAUACAUUGUCAACUAUGCUUUGUCAGGUCUCCCACAGCAUUUUAAUUGGAGGCUAAUGUUGGGUCUAGCUGCUAUACCUUCAAUAUUAAUUGGUGUUGGAGUUAUAGCGAUGCCUGAAUCACCUCGUUGGCUUGUAAUGCAAAGCAGGACGGGUGAUGCAAAGCAGGUCUUGAUUAAAAUAUCUGAUACUGUACAAGAAGCUGAUUUCAGACUUGGUGAAAUAACUAAAGCAGCUUCAAUAUCAGAUCAAUCAGGUUCUUCAAGUGCUAACUGGCACGGGCAAGGGGUUUGGAAGGAACUUCUCCUAAGACCUUCUCGGCCUGUUCGUCGAAUGCUUAUUGCCGCUAUAGGGAUUAAUUUCUUCAUGCAAGCCUCAGGCAAUGAUGCUGUUAUAUACUACUGCCCUGAAGUUUUCAAGGAUGCAGGAAUUCACAGCAAGAAAAUGCUCUUUGGGGUUAAUGUCAUCAUGGGAUCCGCCAAAACCUUAUUUGUGCUGCUCUCGGCUCUUUUUCUGGACCGGUUGGGUAGGCGGCCUCUUCUGUUGUUGGGCUCAGCUGGUAUGGCUUUCUCGUUGGCUGGUUUGGGAAUGGGCUCUAAGUUUCUCGAGCAUUCCGACACCAAGCCUGUGUGGGCUAUUGUAUUAUGUGUAGUGGCUGUGUGUGGGGUUGUUUCUUUCUUUUCGGUUGGGCUUGGGCCCAUCACAUGGGUCUACUCGUCGGAGAUAUUUCCAUUGCGGUUACGGGCUCAAGGUUCGGGCUUGUCCAUAUCGGUUAACCGGCUGGUCAGCGGAGUUAUGUCUAUGACAUUUUUAACCAUUUCUAAGAAGAUAACAUUCGGAGGAGUGUUUUUUGUGCUUGCCGGAAUAAUGAUAGUGGCUACGGUAUUCUUUUAUAUCGUUAUGCCGGAGACAAAAGGGAAGACCUUAGAAGAAAUUGGGGCUCUCUUCGAGAAUAAGAAUGCAAGUAUUGAUGAUGGAAGAGAAAUGAGAGAAACAUAA